UUGAUCAGAUACUAGUUUGUCACCAGCUAUCAUUCUCUCUGUGGAGGAUUGAGGGGAAAUAAAAACAUACCUGGACGACAGCUUGAAGAAUUGACAAGAGGAUUUCAUUGAGAAAAAUGGAUCUUCAAAACCAAGUGGCAGGCGAUUGGAGCCAGUACUUUUCCAAUCAGCCACCGGUGGAGUUUGAUACAAUCGCUAACCAUCAUCUUCUCUGCAGUGAGUUGAGAGGCCGUCCUGUCCGGCUGGAGGGGAAUUCAGAUCCAUACUGCCGCAUAUGGAAGGACGCCGAGCAAGCAAGUGUCAGGAAUUGUAACAAUCGGUCAUUUGCCAUGGACGCUAGAAUAAGACUCAAUGAUUUGAAGUCAGGGUGUAAUUCCCCUUUGCCUUGCGGUGCCACAGAAGGGAUGUACAACUAUAACUGUCAAAAAGACCGCUGGGACAGGGAAGAGCCACGGGAGGAAGAGUCUGCUUUGGUGGAGCUCCUCGAUGUAGAGGACGAGGUGCAGGAUGAAGAGAGCUGUGUUCCUCACAGGUUGUACGAGUCUCCAAAGCGGCAGGUGUGUGUGGAGAGAAGUGGCUCUGCUCUCAGAUGGUGUCGACACGUCCUGGAUGACCCCAGUCCUGAGACGAAGGCGGCAUGUCGCUCACUUAUAAAUAGACUGGAUCGAAGAUCAAGCUGUCCUUUCUGCAGAGGUCCUGCAGGUUGACUUCAUCAUGUGGGCUUCAUCAGGGACAAAACCUCCGUCAGCACCACACACUCUGACAGUCCGACCUCAAGCUACAGACUGCAGGACAUCACGGAUGUCCACCUCAUGGCUCGUAUGCAGGAAGCCAGUUUAAGGCAUGACUAUGUCACCACGCCUGCGAGGAGAAGCCCCAAGCCCGGUCCAUCGUCACUGAGCUCUCCCCGUUGCCAGUCACCAACACCAGCAGCUAAGCAGGGCAGCCAAAGUCCAACACUGGCCAGACUUCACCAGCAAGUCACUCAGUUCAAGCUGCUGAAACGCGCUCAGAAUCAAGCAUCGUCACCAGGCCGGACCAGGUCCCCUCUGGGCACCAGCCUCCGCUCCCUGCAGGCUGUAAGGAACAGCCGAAGUCUGGACACUGACGACUGCCUAUCUGCUGACCAUAUCUCUUACCCACCAUCAGGUGCAUCAUCCGUCAAUAAGGGGUCGACGAGUUGGUCUCCAUCAAUCUCUGCAGCGCCCAUGAGCCUCAGCUUGCGCUCAGUGAGAGACUCCUCAGAGAGGACGCCGGCCGGGCUGAGGUCUCAGUCUCUCAGCCCCCGCAGGAUCCCUAACUCUGCUAAGGGGUGCCCGUCUGUUCGUGGGCGCAUGCGUGCCUCACCUGACAGGUCGACCAGUGAAGCGUGGCGCAGAAAUGUUGCUUUCACUCCAAGGUGAAAUGUGUCACAUGGGAAUUUGUGAUCCUUAUAUCAUGAUGAAGUAUGGAAUAUAAACAUGAACUUUUAUGCCAUAUUCACUUGGCUGCAUAAUCAUAUCAGUAACUUUAGAUUGUGAUUAAUGUAUUCAUCAGAAAGACAUGUUCCAUCAUUGUCUCAAACAGAUUAAGAGGCCAGCAUGUGCAGCUGUGUGCAACACCUCACAGAUCCUGCAGGGUUGGAAUUUGAAUUGAUCUGAGACACUGUGAGACACGAUGCUCUGUGCUCGGACUAUCAGUGCGCACUGUGUCGCCGGGAGCUUUGCACCCAGGGGCGGUUUUUCCUACAGGCGGUAUAGGCGGCCGCCUAGGGCGCCAUUCAGAGGGGGGCGCAAAAAAACUGCUGGGCAGUUUUUUUUGUAUCUAUACUUCAUUAAAAGAGCGAUCAGAGCGCACGCGCUGCUCCGCUCCGUGGCGCGCGCAUCGCUCAGCCGUGAUGCGCGC